CUGGGCUGAAAGAUGAGAAACCGCGGAGCUUCCCAGCUGGGAUGUUGUGGCGAGAGCGCGUUGGCUUAUCUGUACCGCUAGUGUUAGGCUCAGGAGACUGUGAGGAGCCGAGGGGGAGGUGAGGUGUGUCUGAAGCCUGUAGGCUCUGCGAUGAAGAAGAUUUUUGGCUUCGUAAGUAAGAAGGGCGAGUCGCCCUUGGGCUCCUCCACCAGCCCGCGGAGAGAGAGCGGUAAUCGAGUCAACUCCCGGCCCGAGUACCACAUCCGAGACAAGGAUCUCGGGAAGAUCCACAAAGCUGCCAGCGUGGGCAACGUAGCCAAAGUGCAGCAGAUUCUGUUGCGGAAGAAUGGCUUGAACGACAGGGACAAGAUGAACAGGACUGCUCUCCAUUUGGCCUGUGCCAAUGGCCAUCCAGCAGUGGUAACUCUCCUAGUGGAGAGAAAAUGCCAGCUUAACCUCUGUGACAACGAAAACAGGACAGCGCUGAUGAAGGCCAUACAAUGUCAGGAAGAGGCAUGUGCAACUAUUCUGCUGGAACAUGGUGCCGACCCAAAUGUCAUGGAUGUCAGUGGCAACACUGCCCUCCACUAUGCUGCCCUUUAUCAGAAUAUAUCACUCGCGGCAAAGCUGCUUUCACAUGACGCCAGUAUUGAAGCAAGGAACAAGGAGGACCUCACACCACUUUUACUUGCUGUAAGUGAAAACAAUCAGCAAAUGGUGGAAUUUUUAGUAAAGAAAGAAGCAAAUGUACAUGUAGUUGAUAAGAUGAAAAGCAAUCGCCAACUGAUUUCUGAAUAUAAAGAAGAAAAGAGACCUAAAACUCCUUCUCAAAAUAGCAACCCAGUGGAUGAGAGUUCUGAAGAAGAGUCUUUAAGCAGGCUUUCCAACAAACCUGGUGUUGAUGAUUCAUGGCCUACAUCAGACGAUGAAGACUUAGAUUUUGAUACCAAGAAUGUCCUGAAACCAAGCUUAACAAAGCUAAUGAGUGCUUCUCAGCAAUCCAAGAAAAACAUAGAAGCAAAAUGUGGCAUCGUGAGACCAGAGAAGAGAACCUUCUUUGAGGACAAUAGUUUUGAUAGUGAAAAUGAAGAUGUGGUCGAAACCUUUCCCAAACCAUCAGUCAGACUCCAGGGCGUCUCUCAUCCUGCUUUCCCAUCACCUGAACCUCUCCCAAAACCCCUCAAGUCUUUAGCAGGCCUUGGUCUUACAAAGGAAGGAGCAACAAAUCCAGAAAUUGGAGAAAAAGAAAAUGAUACUGAUAUUGAAAGUGCUCCGCAAGAGCAAACAGAUCAUAACAAUUUGACUUCUUUUGAUGGAGCACACAAAAAUAAUAGGAGUGAUAUGAUGUCAGCAUUAGGAUUAGGAGAAGAGGAAGAUAUAGAAUCACCUUGGGAUUCUGAGAGUAUCUCUGAGAGUCUUCCACAGAAGUAUGUUGAUCAUUUAUCUGGAGCUACAGGUCAAAGAGGAAAAAAAUAUAUUAAAUGGACAAGUAGAAGAUGUGUCUUAUAUACCUUCUUGCAUGAGUGGAUCGAGAAACUUUAAGAUGACUAAACUAGAGGAUCCAAGAAAUGUAGGCAUACCAGUAGCCCACAUGGAUUCUCCUGAAAAAUAUCCUCACUUGAAGCCUGCAGUUGGAGUGAAAGAUUCUGUUCCUAAUAAAACAGUAGGAAUGUAGGAUUUACAAACAUCCAGAUCAG